UGGGCUUUUCCCUUUGAGUCCUCUCAAAAAAAGCAUUUCCUUCACAUAUAUCUAUCUCUAUACUUUACACGGUAAUACGUACACUCGCUUUCAUUGCGAUUUCGAAGAAGGGCAAAGCUAAGGCGACCGCAUCUCCACGUCUUUUGGUUUUCUCUCUCUAGCGAAGCGAUGAAGGGAGGUAGAUCGCGAGCGGAGACGAAAAAAUCCGAUGCGAAACUUUCUGUUAAGAAAGGAGCGGCUGCAGCCGGAAAAAAGCCGGCGAAGAAGGGGAAGCCAGUGAAGGAUCCAAACAAGCCUAAGAGGCCUGCUAGUGCUUUCUUCGUUUUCAUGGAGGAGUUCAGGAAGACGUACAAAGAGAAACACCCUAACAACAAAUCCGUUGCCGCCGUCGGUAAAGCAGGAGGCGAAAAAUGGAAAUCCAUGUCAGAUGAAGAAAAAGCUCCUUACAUAGCUAAAGCCGAUAAGAGAAAAUCAGAGUAUGAAAAAAACCUCCAGGCGUACAACAAGAAAUUAGCCGACGGACCUGGGGACGAGGAAGAGUCCGACAAAUCUAGAUCUGAAGUCAACGAUGAUGAAGAGGACGAUGAGGAAGGCAGUGCAGAGGAUGAUGAAGAUGAUGACGAGUAAAAAAUUGGUGAAAAGUAAGGCUGUGUUUUAGUUCUUCGUUUAUUGUACAAACAAGUAAACCCCACCCCACCCCCACUACAACAAGGUAGAUGCUACUACACUCUGGUGGGUUUCUUGCUUUUCUUUAAAAAAAAAAAAGAAAAAAAAAUUAAAA